AUGGAUUGUUGCAAAGACGCAAAGGCGAUAAUGGGUCAGGUUGUAUGCCCCAAGCCUCGUCGGGCCGGGCCGUCUAUGGUGGUUCCCUUGAGAUCUCGCAUGUGUGACGAUGCCGAGUCCAAACCGGGUGCCGAAAUGCUUGGCUUAAUCUUAAAGGACGAUUUUCAAGGGUCGGUAUCACCCCCGUUUUUCUUUGGAUCCCCUCCGUGCAGAGCCUCAAAUCCUGUUGUGCAAGAUGCUUCUUUUGGGACUGAACCGAAUAAGCUAAGUUCCAUUCGCAAAUGCCCUAAUGAUUCUGCUGAGAAUGCUAGAAAACAGUUGGGUAAAGAACAAGCAGCCGUGAGAAUUGAAGGCUUUGAUUGCCCGAAUACCCGUGCUGUUGCCAUGGUGUAG